UCUUCUGAGUCGUCAGAGCUUCUCCUAAGACCAUUGCAUUAGCCUCCUGCUAGUUGACUAAUAAAUUAAUAAUUGUCAACAGCACUCUAAAGCCACAUGCCUUAUGAAGUCAAUGCUGGGUAUGAUUUUACAAAUAUGGUCCGGAAGAAGAACCCCCCUCUGAGAAACGUUGCUAGUGAAGGCGAGGGCCAGGCCCUGGAGCCCGUAGGCACUGAAAGUAAAGUAUCUGGAAGAAACCAAGAAUUGUCUGCAGAUCAGAUGUCAGAAAAUACGGAUCAGAGUGACACUGCAGAACUAAAUAAUAAGGAGGAACCGAGCCUGCAAGUUCAAGAUCCAUCUUCUAGCAGGAAGAAGGACCAGAGAAGCUCAGUCGUGAGCGAGAAGGCUGGCUUCAACGAUGAAAGCCCCAGUAAGGGAGGAAACCUCCCCUCCUUCCCACCGCAUGAUGCGGUGACAGACAGAAACAUGCUGGCUUUCUCGUCUCCAGCUGCUGGGGAAGCCUGUGAGCCCUUGAAGUCUUCUCAAAGAACAGAGGCAGAUGACCCUCAAGAUAUGGCUUGCCCCCCACCCGGGGAUUCAUUGGAGACAAAGGAGGAUCCUAAGAUGUCACCAAAGGCUACAGAGGAAACAGGGCAAGCGCAGAGUGGUCAAGCCAAUUGUCAAGGCUCAAGCCCGGUUUUGGUGGCCUCAAAAAACCCACAAGUGCCUUCAGAUGGGGGUGUGAGACUGAACAAAUCCAAAACUGACUUACUGGUGAAUGACAACCCAGACCCGGCACCUCUGUCUCCAGAGCUUCAGGACUUUAAAUGCAAUAUCUGUGGAUACGGUUACUAUGGCAACGACCCCACAGAUCUGAUUAAGCACUUCCGAAAGUAUCACUUAGGACUGCAUAACCGCACCAGGCAGGAUGCUGAGCUGGACAGCAAAAUCUUGGCCCUUCAUAACAUGGUGCAGUUCAGCCAUCCCAAAGACUUCCAGAAGGCCAACCGUUCCGUGCUUUCUGGUGUGCUGCAGGACAUCAAUUCAGCGAGGCCUGUUUUACUAAAUGGGACCUACGAUGUGCAGGUCACUUCAGGUGGAACAUUCAUUGGCAUUGGACGGAAAACACCGGAUUGCCAAGGAAACACCAAGUACUUCCGUUGCAAAUUCUGCAAUUUCACAUACAUGGGCAACUCAUCCACCGAACUAGAGCAGCACUUCCUGCAGACUCACCCGAACAAAAUCAAGGCUUCCCUCCCCUCUUCCGAGGGUGGGAAACCUACGGAGAAAAACUCUAACAAAGCCCUCCCUGCGCUCCGAUCCGGUGAUUCUGGAGACUUGGGGAAGUGGCCGGACAAGAUCACGGUCAAGGCCGGGGAUGACACUCCCGUUGGCUACUCAGUGCCCAUCAAGCCCCUCGAUUCCUCGAGACAAAAUGGUACAGAUGCCACCAGUUACUACUGGUGUAAAUUUUGUAGUUUCAGCUGCGAGUCAUCGAGCUCUGUGAAACUACUGGAACAUUACGGCAAACAGCACGGAGGAGCGCAGUCAGGCAUCCUGCAUCCAGAAUUGAGCGAUAAGCUUUCCAGGGGCUCUGUCAUCAAUCAGAAUGAUCUAGCCAAAAGUGCAGACGGGGAGUCGGUACCCAAGGCAGACAAGGGCUCGAGUGGCACUAAAAAGAAGGACUUCUCGAGCAAGGGAGCCGAGGAUAACAUGGUAACAAGCUACAAUUGUCAGUUCUGUGACUUUCGAUAUUCUAAAAGCCAUGGCCCCGAUGUGAUUGUGGUGGGGCCACUGCUCCGCCACUAUCAGCAGCUCCACAACAUUCACAAGUGCACCAUUAAGCACUGCCCCUUCUGUCCCCGAGGCCUGUGCAGCCCCGAAAAGCACCUUGGAGAGAUUACGUACCCGUUUGCUUGUCGAAAAAGUAAUUGUUCCCACUGUGCGCUCUUGCUUUUGCACCUGUCUCCCGGAGCAACUGGCAGCUCGAGAGUGAAACACCAGUGCCACCAGUGCCCGUUCUCCACGCCGGACGUCGACGUGCUCCUCCUGCAUUACGAGAGCGUGCACGAGUCACACGCAUCGGACGUCAAACAAGAGGCGAACCCUCUGCCGGGAUCGGAUGGGCAGCAGGCUGUCAAGGAAAGCAAAGAACACACGUGUACCAAAUGUGAUUUUAUUACCCAGGUGGAAGACGAGAUUUCCCGACACUACAGGAGAACGCAUGGCUGCUACAAGUGCCGUCAGUGCAGUGUCACAGCUGCGGACACCCAGUCACUACUAGAGCACUUCAACACUGCUCACUGCCAGGAGCCGGACAUCACUACAGCCAACGGCGAGGAGGACAGCCAUGCUGUGCCCGGCAUCAAGGAGGAGCCCAAAAUUGACCUCAAGGUCUACAGUCUGAUCAAUCCAGACUCUAAAAUGGGAGAGCCAGUUGCCGAGAGUGUAGUGAAGAGGGAGAAGGUCGAAGACAAGGACGGCCUUAAAGAGAAAGUGUGGACGGAGAGUGCCAGCGAGGACCUUCGCAGCGCGACUUGGAGAGGGGCAGAGAUCCUACGGGGUAGUCCAUCGUAUGCUCAAGCAAGCCUGGGGCUUCUGACCCCUGUGUCCGGCACCCAAGAGCAGACAAAGACGCUAAGGGAUAGCCCUAACGUAGAAGCUGCCCAUCUGGCGCGACCCAUCUAUGGCCUGGCUGUGGAGACCAAGGGAUUCCUGCAGGGGGUGUCAGCUGGUGGCGAGAAGUCUGGGGCCCUCACCCAGCAGUAUCCUGCAUCGGGAGAAAGCAAGUCCAAGGAUGAAUCCCAAUCCCUGUUACGGAGGCGAAGAGGCUCGGGUGUUUUCUGUGCCAAUUGCCUGACCACCAAGACCUCUCUCUGGAGAAAGAAUGCCAAUGGCGGAUAUGUAUGCAACGCGUGUGGCCUCUAUCAGAAACUUCACUCGACUCCCAGACCUUUAAACAUCAUUAAACAAAACAACGGUGAACAGAUCAUUAGGAGAAGAACAAGAAAGCGCCUUAACCCGGAGGCACUGCAGGCUGAGCAGCUCAACAAACAGCCAAGGGGUAGCAGUGAGGACCAGGUCAAUGGAAGCCCCUUAGAGAGGAGGUCAGAAGAUCAUGUAACUGAAGGGCACCAGAGAGAAAUUCCACUCCCGAGCCUGAGUAAAUACGAAGCCCAAGGUUCAUUGACUAAAAGCCAUUCUGCUCAGCAGCCAGUCCUGGUCAGCCAAACUCUGGAUAUCCACAAAAGAAUGCAACCUUUGCACAUUCAGAUAAAAAGUCCUCAGGAAAGUACCGGAGACCCAGGAAACAGUUCAUCCGUCUCUGAAGGGAAAGGAAGUUCCGAGAGAGGCAGCCCCAUCGAAAAGUACAUGAGACCUGCAAAACACCCCAAUUAUUCACCGCCAGGCAGCCCUAUUGAAAAGUACCAGUACCCACUUUUCGGACUUCCCUUUGUACAUAAUGACUUCCAGAGUGAAGCUGAUUGGCUGCGGUUCUGGAGUAAAUAUAAACUCUCCGUUCCUGGGAAUCCGCACUACUUGAGUCAUGUGCCUGGCCUACCAAAUCCUUGCCAAAACUAUGUGCCUUAUCCCACCUUCAAUCUGCCUCCUCAUUUCUCAGCUGUUGGAUCAGACAAUGACAUUCCUCUAGAUUUGGCGAUCAAGCAUUCCAGACCUGGGCCAACUGCCAACGGUGCCCCCAAGGAGAAAGGCAAGGCCCCCUCCAGCGUAAAACCGGAAGGGCCCUUGAAUGCAGUCAAAGCCGAGAAAGUGGAUCGAAGUACUCAAGAUGAACUGUCCACAAAAUGCGUGCACUGCGGCAUUGUCUUUCUGGAUGAAGUGAUGUAUGCGUUGCAUAUGAGUUGUCAUGGUGAGAGUGGACCCUUCCAGUGCAGCAUAUGCCAGCAUUUUUGCACGGACAAAUAUGACUUCACCACGCAUAUCCAGAGGGGCCUACAUAGGAACAAUGCACAAGUGGAAAAAAAUGGAAAACCUAAAGAGUAAAACCUUAGCACUUAGCACAAUUAAAUAGAAAUAGGUUUUCUUGAUGGGAAUUCAAUAGCUUGUAAUGUCUUAUGAAGACCUAUUUAAAAAAAUACAUAAAAAAGAAAAAAAAUACAACAAAAACAACAAAAAAAUUCUUUUUUCCUAGAGCCUGCCUUAUCCAACAUGAAAUUCCCUUUUAUUAUUCUUUCUUUCGAUGAGUAGGUUACCAAGAUCAAAAAGUGAGACCAGGGGUCAUCGAGAAAAAGAGAGAGAUGGUGGACAGUCGAUUUUUAGAACCCAGUAAGCCAAACCCACCUUGGCUGAUGAGUCCUGGGGAAAGAUCACCAGAGACAGAGAAACGUUGUCUAGAGUUUUGAAAGAGUUUCCGUAUUGCGAUACUACAGCCGUAAGGGGCUGGACCAUUAGCUCAUUGGUUGAAAACGUAUCAAUCCAUUGCCUAAGUUGAGAAGUAUCAUGAGAGUCUAAGCAGAGGAGGAGAGCUGUUCCCCGCUGGGACAGGGAAAGGAACAUGGCGCCCUCUCCAAUCUAGUCCCCUCUCCUUCAACCGUGUUUCAGAUUGAGACCUAGAACUGGGAUCUGUGGUUAGGCGUGGUGAGGGAGCAGCAAGACGAGUGACAGAUGUGGCACACUGGUUGUGGUUAGCCCUGCCUGUACAUACACAUGCACACCCUCUGUUAUUUUUGUCCUUUAGAUGUUCGAAUACUCAGUAGUCCUUUUUUGUUUACCAUUUAGGUUCAUUUUGUCCAAAUAUAUGUGCAUUUUUAAAAACCAUGUCCUCAGUGCUUACGUAGUAUUGUUAUUUCAGCCAGGCGUUUCUCUCUCGGAUGCGAUGAACCAGUUGGGAUUUGGUUUUUUAAAAGGUCCUCUUGGUCACUAAUCUCACUUGGCACAUUAUGACGACAGGCAUCUCUUAGUUCAAAAUACAAGAUGUACACAAAAGUCAGACCAUGGGCUUAAUUUGUAUCAAACACAAGGUAUCUCUUCACAAGGUAACCUGCUGUAUUUAUUUAUUUUCCUUCGGUUAUAUAUAAUUUCCAAACGUUGUGGUCAGGCAGAGUCUAAGGUUUCCUUACCACAGACUGACAGUUGGUAUAUGUACUAGUCAAUCCCUUCCGUAGAUUUAGACAGGUUUAGUUAAGUAGCAUUAAAUAGGAUUCUUCGAAGUAUGUCUUCAUAGUACUUUUAAUACUUUUAAGGCUUUGUAAAACUAUCCAUGAAGGGAAAGCUCCUCAGCAUAACUGCUCAGGGAAAUAGGGCUAAAUAACUGAACAUUACAACAUUGGUUAAAGGUGCUGUUAGUCGAACCUCAAUGCUUGCUACAAGGAUGUAUGUACAGGGACUGACUUUGAUAAUUUGCAUUAUAUUGUCCCGACCAGUAGUUUAUUUUUUGCCACGGAGAUGUAGAAGAUAUUACAAGCUACUGGAUGCACUGUCAGAUUAACUUAUUUCAUUAAAGAAGUUGGGAGAACAAAUAGGGAAAAAAACUUAUUUUUCUAGUAAAUAUUAAUGUAUUACAUUUCAAAUAAUGGUGCCUGACAUAUUGAAUAAUUAUUUUCUACAGUGUACGUAUGCAACAAAGAUAUUCCAUCAUGCAUUAGAGUCGGUUCUGGCUCUGCCUAGCUGUUUACAUUUGCAAAUGUAGCAAACAAGGUAAUGAAGCAACUAUUUCUAUUGCGGUAGAUAUCGUGUGUAUGUGUGCGUGUGUGUAUGUGUGUGGGUGUGCGCGCACGCGUGCAUUCAAGUUGUAAACGGUAACAUGAAACAAUGAGAGUUCUUGAUAUAACGGUAUGGAAAACAAGAAGGAAAUGAAAAUAUUUUUAUGCCUACUUAGGAUAAAAAGGGUAGCACUAUUCAUUCCAAGUACUUUUUUUUUAAAUUUUUAAGCUCUUAACUCACAUUGUUACGCUUAAAAUGAUAAACAUAUAUCUUCUUUUUAUUGCUUUGUCUGUGUUUCAAAAGAAACAUUUCAGAAAUUGUUUUGAUAAGUGCUGCUGGAAUCUGCAGCACGGAUAUUUUUAUUGCAUUCUGUAGUCGCAUUUGCACUCCAUUUUUACAUUAACUCGCAGUGGCUUUGUACUGUUUUGCUUUGUUUGGGUUUUGUUUUCUUUUUCACAGUGCCAGGUCUUUGUCCUUGAAAAGUGGGUUGGCAGGUAGAGUUUACCCAGUUAGUGACUGUUGCAGUGAAUGAAGUUAACGGUGUCUUUCUGAUGGUGUGUUAUCAUUUCCGUUCAUGUUUUUCAUUUUCAUGUUUAAAACAAGGGAAAUCA